AUGCCCUUCCUCCGCCAGGCCUAUGGCGUCGGCCUUAGACCCAAGCCUUGGCCUCUCCCAAACUAUGCAGCAUCCUACCCCUCCACUAUUCGCUUUGCAAGUCACUCGAACAAAAACAAGAAGAAUCGUGUCGCUCGGGACUCCCAUCCAGAACCCCGUUCAGAUCACAAUGACACAGGACCUAGCAGACGUCAGAAGCCCUUUUGGGAUUCCAUCACUCCUGACUUCUUGACACAAGACAUGGAAGCUCUGUCAAAAAAGGCCAGACAUUUCGCCCAAGCCUCUGCCUUCAAACUUCAAGCCUUUCACAACUUAGGAUCCAACCCUCACGUUGAGGCUUCAUCCAUAUCAUGGAACUCAGACACCAACGAGGUCAGCCAUAAAGUCUAUGAUCCCAUAUCUGGAAGAAUGGUCCCCGCAGACAACGGACAGAGUAGAACCGCCACCACCUCAGCUCCCGGCGAGAAGAACAACCAGAGCUUUGAGGAGGCUCGUCACAAGCCCACCGUCGUCUCACAGCUGCCAGACGAUGUCGCGACCUCCACGAACACUCCUCCAGCACAUGCUUCCCUCACUGAGAACUUUGACAAGACAUACCAGUCCGAGCAUGACGAGCUACUCGCAGCCCGUAGGCAUCUGGAAACGCUGCGUGAGCAAAUUCAGAUUCUGGAACGACAAGCCCAUCCCGAGUUGACCAAGCCCUCCGACGCCGUCGAUGCUGAGAGACCUGCAGUUUUCGAGGAUGGCUGGGACAACAACCCAAAAGGACUACAGACGGCUUUCAAGCUUGAAAACCAAGCCUGUGAGCAUGGCGAGAUGAAGCCCCUUGAACAAGAGAUGGAUGCUUUUAACAAGAGACCCACUCAGAACAUCAUCGAUGACUAUAGUGUAGCUCCAAGUGGCAUGCAAACACUCUUCGCAGAUGAACAAAAGAACGACGAGGUCAACCACAAGUCUUCCUUGGAGCAGGAAUUGGCUGCUAUGAACACCAAUGCUCCUCCACUUGAAGAUGGUUAUUCAGUCCCGCCACAAAGCCUCGAGACACUGUUUGAACAGGAAAGGCGAGAGGCUGACAAGGGUGAGCGCGAGUCCCUCGAAGAUGAAGUUCGCACAACUGGUAUUUCAAAUGAACUUCCGCAGUACUCUGAGAGCUUCGAUGAAGAGCCUGUCGGCCUUGAAACGAUGUAUCGCCGAGAGCAACGGAGCACGCCGCAAAGAUUGGAGCAUGAACUCGAGAACAUGCCUUCCUCUGCGAGUACGAAAGACCCGGAUGAUGCCUAUUCGACUAAGCCUAUCGGUAUGCAAACCCUUUAUGAGAGGGAAGCAGCAGGAAAACAGCGAGGCCAAUACAAGAAUCUCGAGGAUGAACUUCGAGACCAUAUCCAGACCCGCAAUUCGGAUGAUGGAUUCUUGCCGGAACUGGAAAGAAUGCAGACAACCUGGAACAGAGAGCAGCAGGAAGUAGAGAGAGGUAGGGCUGCAUCGCUCGAAGAGGAGAUCAAAGCCCAGGAGCAGUCGUCGACCAUUGCAAACGAGCACGACACUCUACCUUCGGGUAUGGAAUCCCACUUCAUGAACGAGACCCAAAGAAGCGAAGAUGGCAAGUCGAAAACUCUCGAAGAGGAGGUGAGCCGCAGAGUGCAAGCACAAACACACAGUGACAGUCACUCUCAUCCUUCAGGUGGCUUGGAGACUGCAUUUGACGAAGAGGAGAAGGACACAAUCCUUGGAAAACGUCAGACCCUCGAGCAGGAGAUCAACACUCGUGGACCUGCUUUUGAGGAUGGCUAUUCUACGAUGCCGAUGGGUCAUCAGAUGAUGUCCUAUCUGGAGAAACAAAAGAGUGAACGUUCGCUCGAGGACGACCUCAAACAGGCAAGUCGUUCCUCAUCAUCCUUGUGA